CGACAGAAAAAAGAAUGUGGAAGAAACAUUUCCGGGUUUUACCGCUAGGUUUUCUGGGUAUUAUGACUCCUACCGUGGUUCUCACCAGUAGGCUAUAGUCUGCCAUUAAACCUCAGAGGAACACGGAGAUAUGCGACGUAUGACUCGUCAUGCGUGUGAGGACGGCCCAGUCUUGGAGGAACAGGAGACCGAGGGACAGAGACAGCUCCACAGUCUCCUCCUACAGCAGUUAGACACAGACGUCAACAUAGACAGAUGUGUUGCAAAGAGGAAGUGUUUUGCCCCUGCUGCGCUGUACAAGCCAUUUGGGGAGCAGGCUGCCGGGGUGAGGAGUCUAUCCCAGUUCCAGGCUCUACAGGAUGGGGAGAGUGAGCUGGCCAGUCUCAGGGAGCUGGGGCUCACAGACCUGGAGGUAGAACUGUGGCUCAACAGAGACCAGCCAGAGAACACUGAGAAGGGUCAUGGGGUGUGUGUGGCCCCCGGGGUGCGGCAGCAGCGUCUUCUGGUGAUCCAGGACAAGAUGGAUGCCAGGUCAGAGCUCAUUUCCCGCCCACAGCGCUUCUCUGCCAGCCUACCCCUGUCCCGCAGAGAGAUGGAGAUAGAGAAGGCCCUGUUCCAGGGCAAUGACCGCCAGGGCUUCCUCACUGCGCUCUAUCAUCAAGAGGAAGAUACCCAAGCUGACCAGCAGGGGGCAUCUUCCUCAAACCCCCUGGACUCCCUGUACAGAGAUGUCCUAAGUGAUAGACGAAAACACACGUCUGUGUCUGUAUCAGAGGACUCUGAGCUGAAAACCACAGGACACUCAUCUCUACCUCAGCCUGAACCACAAACUGACAUUGAGAAAUCACAGAGCUCAUGGAAAAGCACUGACCAAUCACAAGUCCAGCUUGACUGUAGAUCUGAUCCAUUGAGAAGUGGGAUCAAGGACUCUGACCAAUCAACUACAAUGGACAUUUCUGGCCAAUCACAAGAUCAGGACAGAUCUGUACACAAGCAAUUGUCAGCUCCAAAGAAGAUAAAUGUGAGCCAGCCAAUUGGGAGUCUGUGUAGUGUGGCAAAGGUGGGGCCUGGGGGUCCGGUGAUGGUGCAGGGCGAGGUAGAGGAGGUUCCAGAGGAAGAGAUUCAGCAGAACCGGGAAACAGAGGAAGGGAUCCGGAGCAUACCACGGUUCCACAACUACCAGCCAGGGAAACCAUCAAAGGUGCUGUGUGUGAAGAAUCUGAGUGCCCGUGCCUCUGUGGCCCAGCUGGUGGCGCUAUUCUCCAGGUUUGAUUGUGACAUCACCCAGCCUGUUGUCUACCGCCUACUCACUGGCAGACUGAAGGGACACGCCUUCAUCACACUAUCAGACACCGAAACGUCCCAGAGAGCCUUGGAGAUGGUGAACGGGUACCGGUUGCUAGGGAAACCUUUGGUGAUCGAGUUUGGCCUAGAGCGGAGGGAUGAGAAGAAACCAAAAACGUAACGGGAAGAGGAGAAAACGAGAGAAUGUAGUGUACCAGCUCUACCUAACCCCAGUACUACAGACACUAAAUACUACGACAGGACUUCAACACACAAAUAAGAGAGAGAAACAGACCGACCACAUACAUAUGUGGUCAAAGGAGGAGAGUGACUCUUCAAUGACUGAGGUUUGACAUUUCUGCUCCUUGUACCAUUUGUUGUGUGAAGGUCGAUAAACGUGGAUUAAUUUUGUAUUUUUGUCCUGGAUGUUAAGUGGUUUUUUUGUAUGAUCAUAGGCUGUGUUUGGAAUGUGAAGUAUUAAACAUCUGUUCUCUGUUGCAUUUCAUUCUAAUGGGGGGAUUCCUCCGGGGGUCCAGUGGUGAAAAAUGGUCAUAGUUGAGUAGGUUUAAUGUACGUUAAUAAAAAAAUGACUCAAGUGAAAGUCACCAAGUAAAAUACUACUUGACUAUAAGUAAGCAAACCAAAGAAAACAUUUUUUAUUUAUUUAUAGGCAGGCAGGGGCUCCAACACCAUUUACAAACGCAGUAUUUGUGAUUUGUAGGCCUCAUUGCUCGCACAUGCUUUUUCAGUUCUGCCCACAAAUUUUCUAAAGGAUUGAGGUCAGGGCUUUGUGAUGGCCACUCCAAUACUGACUUUGUUGUCCUUAAGCCAUUGUACCACAACUUUGGAAGUAUGCUUGGGGUCAUUGUCCAUUUGGAAGACCCAUUUGUGACCAAGCUUUAACUUCUUGACUGAUGUCUUGAUGUUGCUUCAAUAUAUCCACAUAAUUGUCCUGCCUCAUGAAGCCAUCUAUUUUGUGAAGUUCACCAGUCCCUCCUGCAGCAAAGCAACAUGAUGCUACCACCCCCAUGCUUCACGGUUGGGAUGGUGUUCUUCGGCUUGUAAGCCUCCCCUUUUUCCUCCAAACAUAACGAUGGUCAUUAUGGCCAAACAGUUCUAUUUUUUUGUUUCAUCAGAUAUUUCUCCAGAAAGUACGAUCUUUGUCCCCAUGUGCAGUUGCAAACCGUAGUCUUGCUUUUUUACUACGGUUUUGGAGCAGUGGUUUCUUCCUUGCUGAGCGGCCUUUCAGGUUAUGUUGAUAUACGACUCGUUUUACUGUGGAUGUAGAUACUUUUGUACCCAUUUCCUCCAGCAUCUUCACAAAUCAAAGUUCAUUUGUCACGUGCGCCGAAUACAACCUUACAGUGAAAUGCUUACUCACAGGCUCUAACCAAUAGUGAAAAAAAGGUGUUAGAUGAACAAUAGGUAAGUAAAUAAAUAAAACAGUAAAAAGACAGGCUAUAUACAGUAGCGAGGCUUUAUACAGACAGACACCUGUUAGGCUGAUUGAGGUAUUAUGUACAUGUAGAUAUGGUUAAAGUGACUGCUUAUAUGAUGAACAGCGAGUAGCAGUAGCGUAAAAGGGGUUGGUGGGUGGCGGGACACAAUGCAGAUAGCCUGGUUAGCCAAAUGCGGGAGCACUGGUUGGUCGGCCCAAUUGAGGUAGUACGUACAUGACUAUAGUUACAGUGAAUAUGAAUAUAUGAUAAACAGAGUAGCAACAGCGUAAAAAUAGGUGUUGGGGGGGAACACAAUGCAAAUAGUCCGGGCAGCCAUUUGAUUACCUGUUCAUGAGUCUUAUGGCUUAGGGGUAAAAACUGUCGAGGAGCCGUUUUGUCCUAGACUUGGCACUCCGGUACCGCUUGCCAUGGGGUAGUAGAGAGAACAGUCUAUGACCAUUUUUAAGGCCUUCCUCUGACACCGCCUAGUGUAGAGGUCCUGGAUGACAGGCAACUUAGCCCCAGUGAUGUGCUGGGCCUUACGGCCAGGGAGGGGGCUGAGCACGCACCCCUGUGGAGCUCCAGUGUUGAGGAUCAGCGUGGCAGAUGUGUUGCUUCCUACCCUCACCACCUGGGGGCGACGCGUCAGGAUGUCCAGGAUCCAUAGCUUAGUGAUGAUCUUUGACGGUACUAUGGUGUUGAACGCUGAGGUUUUUCACGUGUUCUUUUUGUCCAGGUCAGAAAGGGCAGUGUGGAGUGCAAUGCAAAUUGUGUUUGGGCGGUAUGCAAAUUGGAGUGGGUCUGGAGUUUCUGGGAUAAUGGUGUUGAUGUGAGCGAUUACCAACCUUUCAAAGCACUUCAUGGCUUCAGACGGGAGUGCUACGGGUCUGUAGUCAUUUAGGCAGAUUGCCUUUGUGUUCUUGGGCACAGGGACUAUGGUGGUCUGCUUGAAACAAAUUGGUAUUACAGACUCAAUCAGGGACAUGUUGAAAAUGUCAGUGAAGACACCUGCCAAUUAGUCAGCACAUGCCCAGAGCACACGUUCUGGUAAUCCGUCUGGCCCCGCAGCCUUGUGUAUGUUGACCUGUUUAAAGGUCUUACUCACAUCGGCUACGGAGAGCGUGAUCACACAAUCGUCCGGAACAGCUGAUGCUCUCAUGCAUGCCUCAGUGUUGCUUGCCUCGAAACGAGCACAGGGUCCUUUGCUGUUCUGGGAUUGAUUUGCACUUUUCGCACCAAAGUACGUUCAUCUCCAGGAGACAGAACGCGUCUCCCUCCUGAGCAGAAUGACGGCUGCUUGGUCCCAUAGUGUUUGUACAGAUGAACGUGGUACCUUCAGGCGUUUGGAAAUUGCUCCUAAGAAUGAACCAGUCUUGUGGAGGUCUACAAUUUAUUUUUCUGGGGUCUUGGCUGAUUUAUUUUGUUUUUCCCAUGUCAAACAAAGAGGCACUUGAGUUUGAAGGUAGGCCUUGAGAUACAUUUGACUCAAAUGAUGUCAAUUAGCCUAUCAGAAGCUUCUAAAGCCAUGACAUAAUUUUCUGGAAUUUUCCAAGCUGUUUAAAGGCACAGUCAACUUAGUGUGUGUAAACUUCUGACCCACUGGAAUUGUGAUAUAGUGAGUUAUAAGUGAAAUAAUUUGUCUGUAAACGAUUGUUGGAAAAAUGACUUGUGUCGUGCACAAAGUAGAUGUCCUAACUGACUUACCAAAACUAUAGUUUGUUAAUUAACAAGAAAUUUGUGGAGUGGUUGAAAAAUUAGAUUUAAUGGCUUAGGAAAACAAAAUAUUGGAGUGGUCAUCACAAAGCCCUGAUCUCAAUCCUAUAGAAAAUAUGUGGGCAGAACUGAAAAAGGGUGUGCGAGCAAGGACGGCUACAAACCUGACUCAGUUACAGGAGCUCUGUCAGGAGGACUUGGCCAAGAUUCAACCAACUUGUUGUGGGAAGCUUGUGGAAGGCUACACCUGAAAUGUUUGACCCAAGUUAAACCAUUUAAAGGCAAUGCUACCAUACACUCAAUUAGUAUGUAAACUUCUGACCCACUGGGAAUGUGAUGAAAGAAAUCAAAUCUGAAAUAAAUCAUUCUCUCUUC